UACAGCUGCAGCCGCACCACCCCUUUGGCAAGGUGGCCGCCGCUGGCUCGCGUAGCGCGAGCGGUGCACGGUCGCCCCCUCCGUGCAACUUGGAGCUCGGCGGGGGAGGGCAGACGGCCAAGCGACGAUGUCCGCGCGGCGAAGGGACGCGGCGCUCCCCGUGUCGCGCUCCUUCGAGCUCCCGGCCACCGUGGUCCAGCUGGAGCCCGUGCGCGUUUGGGUGCUCAAGGCGAUCCGCAAGCAUGUGCAGGGAGAGCCACCCUCCAGCCGGGCCCUGGCCAGCCUCGUGGGACAGCUGCUCACCUUUCAAGAGGAGGUGGCCGGCGUUCCGGGUGGCCCCUUGCCCACGCGCAUUCCGAUGAAAUGUUUUUUGGAUUUCAAACCCGGAGGUGGGCUCUGUCACAUUCUCUCUUCAGUGUUCAAGUUUAAGGAGGAGCAAAGCUGGCGGCGGUUUGACUUCCAGAGCCCGUCGCGAGUUGACAGCAACACGGAGCUGUUGGUCUCAGUCGAGAAGGCUCUGCUACAGAAUGGACUCAUUUCCAGACCAAUAAUAUUUCUACAGCCAGAUCUUGACCCCAAGCUGACUGCCAAGCUGAAAGACAUUGCACGCAAACACCAGGCUACAACCACAGAGGAUAAAGGCUUCGCAACUCACGUUGUGUAUCCUGCACCACCAGCUCCUCCUGCAGAGGAAGAUUGGGUUCGUCCCAUUCAGAGGAAGGACAAGCAAGUGCUUCUACACUGGGGCUACAUGGCUGACAGCUCUGAUUCGUGGCUGCCCGCGAGCGAAGCAGUGCUACCAGUGGAAGAGGCACCUCAUCCUGUCACCCCCUGGAAGGUGCACGCCCGCUGGCUUCUGGACACCGCGCUGCAUCACGAGUGGGCGAAUGAGGAGGACUACGAGGUGGACGAGGGUGGACGACCGCAGGCGAGGCGGCGCCGUGUCCCUGUGCGUUCCCUGCCUCUUGAGACCGCAGUUGUUCCCGACACAGAAAAGAAAGAGAAGAAGGAAAAGGGUUUGUCUCGGAGGCGGAGGCACUCCCCCUCGCCCACAGAGCCCAGAAAAAAGCCAAAUUCCAAGAAGAGGAGGCAUGCGAUGGGUGAGCCAUUAGGAAAGAGGCAUGGGCGCAAGGACGAGGAGGAAGAGGAGGAGGACCUUACGAAGGACAUGGAGGAGCCUCUACACGUGCCCAACAUGACCGAGGUUCAGCUGCCCAAGAAUGUUUAUACAAAGAAAGACACAGAAGUGGCUCCUAUUAAAGGCGGUGUCAUGACAGAUUUAGAUGAACAAGAAGAUGAAAAUACUGAUCUUGGAGCCAAGAAGGACGCUGCUGGAAAAUCCCUGUGGUCUGUGAGUGACGCAGCCCAAACCAUUACAGGAUCCUCUGUACUCUUACCAGUAUCGGAGGAUGAUGAAUUGGGCCCAGCAAUGAGGCUUGAGCUGGGUGAAGAUGGUGCAGCGGAGCAGCAGACGCAUCACAUCAUCAUUCCCAGCUACACCUCUUGGUUUGAAUACAACAGCAUUCACGCAAUUGAAAGGCGAGCACUACCGGAGUUUUUCAACAGCAAGACAAAAUCAAAAACUGCAGAAAUCUAUCUGGCAUACAGGAACUUCAUGAUUGACACCUACCGGCUCAAUCCCCAGGAAUAUCUCAGUGGAAUGGUGUGUCGGCGAAGCCUGGCUGGAGACGUGUGUGCUAUUAUCAGGGUGCAUGCGUUUCUGGAGCAGUGGGGGCUCAUAAACUACCAAGUGGACCCGGACAGCAAGCCCUCUCCUACAGGGCCACCUCCCACCGCUCACUUCCACGUGCUGGCUGAUGUACCCAAUGGCAUGGCACCGAUGAAGCCAAGAGGCCCUCAGGGCCCUGCCUCGCAGGUCAUGCUGACCUUGGUGGACCGUGGACGGGAUAAGCCGGCAGAAGUGCAGAGUUUUGGGCUGCGCACAGACAUAUACUCCAAGAAGAACGUCUCUGCGAAGAGCAAAGCCGCAGCAAGUGCAUCCCGCGAGUGGCUGGACCAUGAGACAUUGCUUUUGCUGGAGGCACUGGACCUGUACACGGAUGACUGGAACAAGGUGUCGGAGCACGUGGGCAGCCGCACUCAAGAUGAGUGCAUUCUUCACUUCCUGCGGCUACCCAUCGAAGACCCCUACCUGGAGGAGUCCGAAGCGUCCAUGGGUCCGCUGGCCUAUCAGCCGGUUCCAUUCAGCCGCUCAGGGAAUCCUGUCAUGAGCACGGUGGCAUUUCUGGCUUCUGUUGUGGACCCACGCGUGGCCUCCGCAGCGGCCAAGGCUGCCCUGGAGGAGUUCUCGCACAGAAGAGUCCUGCUACCUCCUGAUCUUGCAAGAGUGGAUGAUAAGAAAGAGGAGAUCAUACUCACACAGGAGCAGCAGCAGCACAAAACCAGUACUGAAGAUUCCAAGCUCGGAAUUGGCAAUAAUGAGGAUGAAAAGAGCAAGGAAGGAGUGGCGACUGAAUAUGGUGUGGUCAAGGUGGAGGCUGGCAACAGGGAGGAGACGAGGGAGGAGCAAGGUGAGGAGCAAGAAAAUAGGUCCAGCAGAAGCAAAGCGGAGACUCCUGCGGAAGCCCUAGGCAUGUCGUCCUUGCCAGAUGCCAGUAUCACUGCAACUGCUGCUGCUGCUGCUCUCAUUGCAGCUGCUGCCAAGGCCAAGCAACUGGCAGCUGUGGAGGAACGCAAGAUCAAGUCACUGGUGGCGCUGUUGGUGGAGACCCAAAUGAAGAAGCUCGAGAUCAAGCUGAGACAUUUCGAGGAGCUGGAGACCAUCAUGGACCGUGAGCGGGAGUCGCUGGAGUAUCAACGGCAACAGCUUCUCUCCGAUCGCAGCACCUUUCACUUGGAGCAGAUAAAGCUGGCAGAGCUGCGUGCAAGGCAACUACAACAGCAGCAAUUGCAGCAGCAGCAGACUUGUGGACCGACAGGAGAGCACAUUGGAGCAGUGCACACUCAAGAUCAACCAUAACGCUUGGGGAGGAGAGUCAAUUCCUGAAGCUGUUGACAAAUAUCCACUGCAUUGUUGAUGUAUGUUCAAGAGGCUCAUAAAUGGACACAGCCAGUGACUGAUUGUAGCCAGAUCUGUUCGUAACACUGUUCCGGAAAUUAUUUUGGCAAGCCACAUCCACCUCCACUUAUUUUGUCCUAAUUUUUAGAAAGUUGUUUAUGGGAGAAUAGGAAAAAAGGGUUAUUAUGAAUAAUCUAGGAUUAUUACCGAAAAGCAAACCUUGUACUCUCAUGGUAGUGCCGUACGCCGGUAAUCUCUACUCCCUGAGCCAGCCUGAAAGUGUUCUGGGAACAAAAUUUGAGUGAGGCCCUGGACACAGCGGAACCCAAAUUGCUAUGUUGUAAAUGGUUCAUUUAAUUACAUUCCUCGUGUAACUUGACCUCUGUCGUUGUAAAAUUGAGGCUUGCAAACAUGAUUUAAUGUAUGACAAACAGCCUUUGUGUAAAGCAAGGUGGUAAGUGUGUUUUUGUAAGGAUUGGUACAAAUUAAUUUUGUUAAUUAAUGAUGUGGCACAUUUACCCUUUUAAUAGGAUGUGGCAGAUGUUAUCCACUCAUGUUGCAUAAAUUCAGGGUAGGCAUGGUUCAGAUUGUGUUUAUGCAAACUGUUUUUACAUCUUGUAUAUUUUUUACGCAAAAUCAAAUGUUUGUCUUCUCUCCGUAAUGAAAUUUGAGACGGGUUAAGACACCUACCCUAAUUUAAGUGAAAUCUGUGAGCCAGUGUUUUUGUAAAGGUUGUGCUGUUUAUUUAUAUUCAUUAAAGCAAUGUUAACGUCUUCAUAUACCAAA